AUGUUGCUACCAACAUCUAACGAUAGUAAAAACAUUAGUACUAGCAUUCAUAAUGACAAUAGUAUCAACUACAUCAAUAAAAAGAGUUCAGAACAGCAGCUAGAUGUAGACAGCUUAUCACUCAGCGACAUCGAUUUCCGAAUUCUACAAACACGAUUAAGUUUAAGAGCAAAAGACGAAGAGACCAAGUCGAGAGCUGAUGAAGUUAAAUCUCAUGAUCGUCCAUUGUACUAUCAACCACGGUCUACAGGACUUAAAAAUUUUUACAAUGAAUUGAAAGAUUAUAUACCGCCCAAUGUCCAACUUGAUGAAGGUAUAGUAGAAGUUAACACUGCUGGAUCAAAACUAGCUCAAAAACAAUACAAGUAUUCGUAUUCUUCGCGAGAUUAUGAUGAACAUGAUCUACUCCAAAGUAUCAAGGAUGACUUGGAAGAAGAAAAUGAAGAAGCGUUAACUGAACGUGACGUUUCCGAUAAUCCAACUGGGGAAUGGGAGAAUCCUAUUGUUAAGCAAGCAAUUACAAGACAAGUUGAUCUUGAAUAUUAUGUCAAAAUGUUACUCCGCAACCUUUUAUAUUUUUUGAUUCUUCUCACAUUUCGAUCGCUUAUUGAAAAGCUUAUCUUCUUGUAUGAUACUAGGCUCAAAGCCCAGCCAGUUUAUGUUCAAAUGCUCAAAGAAAACCAACAAAUAAAUCGACUUUUGAUGAAUGGUCAAGUUAUGAAAUUGAUAGGAAGGUUAAUCUUGAUACCUUCGUUACUCAAAUUAAUUUUCGCUAGUUUCAAACUUAUCAAAGGUCAAGACCAAUGUUGGGACUUACCUUUGAAUUCAAAACAGCGUGAAUUGAUAGGGCUUAAUGUGGACAAAACAAACCUUGAAGAGGGUGAAAGAGAUGACGCAACACUUGUUUUGAGACAAAGAAAAUACGAGGCAGAUAAAUUUGAACCAUAUAAAAUUUUGCCAAAGUAUAGACAAUUAAAUCAAUACUCCAUGUUUAAUAUCCCUUCAUCUACAGCGAAAUUCAAGAGUGGUGACAAAAUUAUGACAAAUCAAUCAAGGUCAUCUGAACGACAGAGUAAUCUGAAAAGGAGAAUGAUUGGAGAUGUACAAGGUGCUGUUACUGCUAUGAACGUUAAGACUCGUUCUGAUCCUCAACCAAAAGUUUUGACCCAUGAUUCAGAUAAUCUUGCUACACCUAUAACAUUUUCCCAGAGCAGAUAUUCAACAGGCACAAUUGAAAAAGCCCAACAAGAGUUUAUGAAAAAUUACGGGAUGAAACUUUAG